AUGCGUCGCGCUUCGCAGGAUUUGAGUGACCCAGAUCGCAACCUGGCCGAAUCAACAGGCCACCCCGCCGAUAUGCCAGGAGACACAGAUCUCGACCUCAUCACCGAGGAGUCAAACGAUAACAGGAUACACACUCCGCCUCCUCGGAUCGCAGCACGCUUUUAUCGACCUUCAACAAACCGCCGUAAGUCCUCUGCCGCGUCCUCCCGCCGCAAUUCCGUAUCCUCUGCACAUUCCCAUCAGUCGCAUGCCUCAAGUCGCCAUGGCGGACCGCAGAGCAAUUAUAUCGCGCAACACUUGCGCCGCGCCUCCAUCAUCGAAGAUCGAAAGGCAAGAUUGGCAGAUAGAGCUGCUCACGCGGAGAAAGUGCGCUUGAGAGCUGCAUUGGCAAAGGCGGCGCCUAGGAGCACAACAAACAGCGAGGAGAGGGCUCUAGCUGCACAGCAAGCACGGGAGAAGAAUCUUGCCGAGAUCGUGGCAGCAUGUGCGGAAGAGGUGAAGAGAGCCAAGGGCAUUGCGGAGAGCAUGAAGGAGAAGAGAGAGGCUGAGGGCAAGAAGCUAAGGCGAGAAAUGGAAGAGAGGCUUGCCGAGGCCGAGAGAAGACGAGAAGAGAUUCUGAAUAGAGGUAAUGGUAAGAGAGGGCGUUCUCUCAGCCACCCAAGGAAGAGCACGUCGCCACUACCAACCGUCCGUGAAACCAUCAGCGAAGCCACGGCCGCUGCCAGGAUACAACAGAAAUGGAGGGUACAUCAAAGAUUGAAGGCGGUAAAGCACUUCGCAGCAUUAGGUCUUACGAUUGACAGCGUUCGAGAAACCUCAUUUGAGAAAGUAGUCGAUUUACUAGCGCAGGAGAAAGUCUUAGUGGGCACUGCGCAGAUACUGAGGAUUUGUGGAUUGAAGGAAGGGGAAACUGGCUCGGUCAAUGAGAUGACUGCGGUCCGGACUUUCCUGAGCGCUUUUCUUAUCCUGGGUCAUCCGACUCAAGUCCUUAGCGGUAAAGGCGACAUUGGCGACAAUGGCCAGCAGGAGCAGGUGGGAGCGUUACCGAUGAGAAGAGAUGAUCUGGCUAAUCCGCAGUUGCAGGACCUUGUAGCCAAGGCCCGAGAUUUGCUCAUUUCUUUUGAGAAUGUCUUGUCACGGUUGAACGCUGCGAACAACUAUACGCCUCCUCCAGCACAGUUGUCUACACUGUCAGAGGUGUACGCUUCUUUCUUUAAUGCUUUCAUUGCUUGGAAGGCUCGAGAUUCCUCUACUCUCAUCGACAUGAUGGUGUUACAAUUCGUUGAGUUGGAUUCCAUAUGGCAGUCAGUCAAGGAUAGUACCGAGGAAGCGGUCACCGAAUCAUACCGCGAUGGCAUCCGAGAAAACCAGCUCAAAUUGAUGGUCAGAAUCAAGAGACUUGCUGGUGCCGUCCAAGGCAAGAAACUGAUUACGAACGCUAUCCGGGAAGCACGAAAGGCUAGAGCAGCAAAGAAGCCUACAGGCGACUCACGACCUCGAGCAGCAGAUUCUCCUGCGCCCAGUCAACCUAACAUUGACGAGCUAUCUGCAGCCGAGAAAUUAGUUACAUCUCACUUGCAGACGUUGACGCCUCCCUCGACACCACCUAGACAUCGACAGUCGAAAGCCGAUCAGCUACGGCUUUUCAGGCCGAUACUUCCGGAAAAUCGGGUUCUCACUCACGAGGUGGCUAUCAAUCGAGAAUAUCGCAUUGAAGAGGAUGCUCUUGAAGAAAGAACCUCUACCAUGCACGCUAUCUUCGACGUGAUGCGGCAAGAGCUUGCGGCAGGGAACAGCGAUGCUUGGGUCCUUGCCAUGGCCGAGAAUAUCAGAGUCAGACUCCAGCAGCUUCUCAAAGAGGGCAAUUCGAUGCAUAAACUCGUUGGUGAGGCUCUCGACAGCGAGAUUGUUGCAAGAGAGCUCCACGGUGGCUCUUUCUCAUAUGAGAAAUUCUUCUCUUUCAUGGCCAGCCUCCUUCCUCGCCUCUGUGCGCCCUUCAGAGAUGAGGAAAUUAAAGACAUCGUGGAGAAGAAGAUGCAAACGGGGGAUGUGGUCGAUCGAUUGACCGCUUUGAUGCACGGGAUUGACCUCAUGCAACUCGAUUACGCAAAUUUCAUGUUGAUGCAAGCAGCUCCUGAAUUGGUCAAGAAUGCUGGCCAAUAUGAGACAUCACGAUUCGCCGAGUUGAUGGAAGAAACGUCAGGCAAACUCUCAGCAGCAGAGGCUGCAUGGGGAGAAGCAAGAACGAAAGUUCUGGCUGAGAAAGCCAGACGGGAUCCUGAGAAUGUCGACUUACCACGAAGUCGACCUACGCCCGAGAAGAUAUACGCUCAAAUGCUAACCGAUAUCUUCACGUCUCUGGACGCCUCAAUCCCCAUCCCUGAGACAUUGCAGCUCGACACCAAACGCAUAACUCGCAUCCGAGCUGACGUCCUACGAAUCAUCACUUCAGGAGCAAUCCUUCUUCAAUGCAAGAAUCUCCUCAAGAGAGACGUCCGCAGCCAAUGGAAGACAGAGGCAACCCGCAUUUUCUCCGUACUGGAAAACGCCAAAGGACCAGAGCAAGCAUCACAAGGCAUUCAAGCCGCUCUCGAGUCUUCACGCUCAAUGCCAGUAGCGACGAAAAACCACAUCAGAGAACUCGUUGCUCGGAUCGUGUCCGCCGCUGCAGCGAUCUCCAUCUCGCCAUCACCAACUGCCUCUCCAUCUUCUGCUCCAGCAGUGACCGAACUCCGAGACCCCGUCAUGAGACUCCUGAUGACGAGACUCCGGGGCCACAUUCUCGGCCGUUUAGCCGCCGCGACGGAGAAGGAGAAAGUCAAGAGCGCCAGUACGGCAAGCGAGAGCCUUGCAACUCUCGGAUUACCUGAGUUCGUGCAUAAAGUUGGAGCAAUAGUAGAGGAAAUCAGGAAGGUCGGCUUGUGCGAUAGAGAGAGUCAUGGGAUGUGGUACGAGGUCGUGGCGAGGAAGGCUGAGGAGGUUGAGGCUUCGGCCUCUGCAGCAGUAUGA